UCCUCUUCUUAUUCUUCUCCUCUCUCUCUCUAUUAAUAUCUCUCUCUCUUCCUCCGCCGUCCAUAGAGAGAGAAUCGGAAAAACUUUCAAGAUGUCGACUGGAUUAGAUAUGUCUCUCGACGACAUGAUCGCCAAGAACCGCAAGUCCCGCGGAUCUGGUCCCGCCCGUGGAUCUGGAUCCGGAUCCGGCCCAAUCCGCCGCAACAACCCUAAUCGGAAAUCAAACCGAUCUGCUCCAUACCAAUCGGCCAAGGCGCCGGAGUCCACCUGGGAACACGACAUGUACUCCGAUGGCUCACAAGCUUUCCCUUCCCGUUCUUCCUCCGGAAUCGAAACCGGGACGAAGCUCUACAUAUCCAAUUUGGAUUACGGCGUCAUGAACGAUGACAUCAAGGAACUGUUUGCUGAAGUUGGGGAGCUUAAACGCUACACUGUUCACUUUGACAGGAGCGGAAGAUCAAAGGGAACUGCUGAAGUUGUAUACUCUCGGCGUGGUGAUGCAAUCGCUGCUGUGAAGAAGUACAACGACGUUCAGCUAGAUGGAAAGCCCAUGAAGAUUGAGAUUGUGGGCUCCAAUCUUCAGUCUGCUUCUGCUCCGUCUGGUAGACACGGGAAUGCAAACUUCAAUGGUGCUUCAAGGCGAGGAGGACAAGGGAGAGGUGGUCCACAACGUCGUGGUGGUCGUGGCAGGCGUUCUGGCAAGGGCCCAACAGAGAAGGUAUCUGCUGAAGAUCUUGAUGCGGAUCUUGAUAAGUACCACGCAGGAGAUAUGGAGACAAACUGAGGAGCGUGGCUGGUAUCUUCUCAAACCGCAACUGGGUGAAUGGGCUAGAAAACUUUGGCCAGAGGCUUUGCUACUUAGCCUCUUCAUGGCCGUAUGUUGUUGAUUUGUUUUAUUAGAAUGACUCUUUAGAUCGAAACUGUGUUCAGACUAUGAGAUUGUUGUUUUUAUCUUAAUACCCUCGAAUACAAGGCAUAGGAACAAAAACGAGUUUCUUCUUCAUAGCAUAUGCAGACAAAAAGGCUUUCACAAGCUAGGUUAUGACGAUUA